AACGCACAUCCAACUCGGCCUAACAAAGUAACAAACACUUGAACUGCAGCCUCUUCACCUUACCAUUCCUCUCCUUUCUUUUCCUCUCCCUCUUCCCCUUUUAUUCCUUUCUUGCAAGACUCUCCAAACACCCAUUCAAGCACCCUCCAAACAAAACACUACUGACAUUCUCAAUAAUUAAUAUUCUCUGUGCCAUUUCAUUCCAAUUCUCCGCUAUGCCUUUUCUUUCCUUCCUCUUCUUUAUAAUCCUUUCUCUUCUGUCUCUUUCUUUUUCUCAAUUCCCUCCUCCCAGAGGUACUCUAAUUAAUUGCGGCACCACAGCCCCUUCAGUAAUCGCCGGCCGCCAAUGGCUUCCGGACGCCGGUUUUAUCUCUGUAGGGACUCCCAAGAACCUCACUAUUCCUGUACUUUCUCCUAUCCUCUCUACCGUCCGAUCAUUCUCUAUGAAGAACAAUGCUCACCGCAAGUUCUGCUACGUGGUUCCGGUUUACCGUGGCGCCAAGUACAUGAUCAGGACAACGUACUUCUAUGGAGGGAUCAACGGCAAUGCUGCGCCUCCAGUGUUCGAUCAGAUUGUGGAUGGAACUUUAUGGAGUGGGGUGAAUACAACGGAGGAUUAUUCCAACGGCAUGUCGUCAUAUUAUGAAGGGAUUUUUCUGGCUCAAGGGAAGACCAUGAGUUUGUGUAUUGGGGUAAAUUCGUACACUGACUCAGACCCGUUUAUUUCCGCAUUGGAGUUCGUGGUUUUGGGGGGUUCGUUGUAUAAUUCCACGGAUUUUAAGCGAUAUGGCCUUAGCUUGGUUGCCAGGCACAGUUUUGGAUAUAAUGGAUCCAUAAUUCGAUACCCUGAUGAUCGCUUUGAUCGGUUUUGGGAGCCAUACGGGGACAAAGAUCUCACCGUAUCGGAAAACAUAAAUGUAUCCGUUUCCGGUAUAUGGAAUCUUCCUCCGUCGAAAGUAUUUGAAACGAAGUUGACGAGUCAAUCUGGGCCCCUGGCGUUGAGGUGGCCUCUGGCUCCCCUUCAGAAUUCCUUGUACUACAUUGCUUUAUACUUUGCAGAUGAUCGUAAAUUAUCAGUUGGGUCUGCCAGAGGGUUCAAUGUCAGCAUAAAUGGGGUAACAUAUUACAAAAAUUUGAGCGUGGCACAAGCAGGCACUGCUGUCUUUGCAACGCAGUGGCCUCUUGGCGGCCUAACAUCUGUAACUUUGACUCCUUCAGCUGCUUCUAGCUUUGCUCCAUUGAUCAAUGCUGGAGAGAUUUUGGGGGUUAUGGUGAUUGGAGGAAGAACUCUUACAAGAGAUGUAAUCGCUUUGGAAAAACUGAAAAGCAGUCUCGAAAACCCUCCAUUUGACUGGAGUGGUGAUCCCUGUAUGCCUCGUCAGUAUUCAUGGACUGGAAUUACAUGCUCUGAGGGUCCCCGUAUUCGUGUGGUUACAUUGAAUCUGACGAGCAUGGGCAUUUCAGGAUCAGUGUCACCAAGUAUUGCCAGAUUGACUGCAUUGACGGACAUCUGGCUCGGAAAUAACAGUUUCUCAGGUUCAAUACCUGAUCUCAGUUCAUUAACUAUGCUGCAAACAUUGCACUUGGAAAACAAUCGAUUCACUGGAAAGAUCCCCUUCUCAAUUGGAAGUAUUAAGAAUCUACAUGAACUAUUUUUACAAAACAAUUAUCUGACUGGUGAAAUUCCAAACAACCUUACUGGAAAACCUGGGCUGGAUCUUAGGACCUCUCCUGGAAAUCAGUUAUCAUCACCAGCACCUUCUUGAGCAAACAAAAUCAAUGCAUCCAAAGCAAAGUUGACCAGGAUGCAUUUAUCAUCAAACUGGAUUUCAAUCAUAACGUGUUAAUAUAUUUUGUCUAUAAAUCUGAGAGUUUUGAAAAUUUUAAGCUGUAAGUUUUGCGGCAACAACUAUCUCUGGUUUGAGGUUCACCUUAUAGAAGCUCCUCGUUCAAGUUGGGGAUGCACAACUGUGUACUUGGAAGUGGUGUACAUAUCAAUUCAAUCUGAUUCUUUUUAUCUUUUAACACAGCAUAGCUGAAUGAUGCUAUCAACCUUUCUGUAAAUACAAGUCCAUAUAUCAUUUGCUGUGGUUUUAAUUUCGUGUAAUUUAGUUGCAGUUGCUAUAUAACGAUGACCCCAUACAUUCUA